UCAGGGCCCCUCACUCACUCACCCCGGAUUCGUUCCUUGCGUUUGAAUGAAAUCGGAGCCGCGGACGGGCACGGUCCACCACACGAAAGAGGAUGGCGUCAGCCUUGGAGCAGUUCGUGAACAAUGUGCGGCAGCUCUCCGCCCAAGGUCAGAUGACUCAGCUGUGUGAGUUGAUUAACAAGAGUGGGGAGCUGCUGGCCAAGAAUCUGUCGCACCUGGACACGGUCCUGGGAGCGCUGGACGUCCAGGAGCACUCCCUUGGGGUGCUGGCUGUGCUGUUUGUGAAGUUCUCCAUGCCAAAUAUCCCCGACUUCGAGACAUUAUUCUCCCAAGUCCAGCUGUUUAUCAGCACCUGCAACGGAGAGCACAUUCGAUAUGCCACUGAUACCUUUGCCGGCCUCUGCCAUCAGCUGACGAACGCUUUAGUGGAACGUAAACAGCCAUUAAGAGGAGUGACCGUCCUCAGACAGGCAAUAGAUAAAAUGCAGCUGAAUGCAAACCAACUUACCUCAGUUCACGCAGACCUGUGUCAGCUGUGCUUGUUGGCCAAGUGCUUCAAGCCAGCGCUCCCCUUCCUGGAUGUGGACAUGAUGGACAUCUGCAAAGAGAACGGCGCCUACGACGCCAAGCACUUCCUCUGCUACUACUACUAUGGCGGCAUGAUCUACACGGGCCUGAAGAACUUUGAGAGGGCCCUCUAUUUUUACGAGCAGGCCAUCACCACUCCAGCCAUGGCGGUCAGUCAUAUCAUGUUGGAGGCGUACAAGAAGUACAUUCUGGUCUCCUUGAUCCUUCACGGGAAAGUACAGCAGCUUCCCAAGUACACGUCGCAGAUCGUGGGGAGGUUCAUCAAGCCCCUGAGCAACGCCUACCACGAGCUGGCCCAGGUGUACGCCACAAACAACCCCGGCGAGCUGCGUAGCCUCGUCAACAAGCACAGCGAGACGUUCACCCGGGACAACAACGCCGGCCUCGUCAAGCAGUGCCUCUCCUCCCUCUACAAGAAGAACAUCCAGAGGCUCACCAAGACCUUCCUCACAUUAUCCCUGCAAGACAUGGCGAGCCGAGUGCAGCUGUCGGGCCCUCAGGAGGCCGAGAAGUACGUUCUGCACAUGAUUGAAGACGGAGAAAUCUACGCCAGUAUAAACCAGAAAGACGGUAUGGUCUGUUUCCAUGACAACCCAGAAAAGUACAACAACCCUGCAAUGCUCCAUAAAAUUGACCAAGAGAUGCUCAAGUGUAUAGAACUGGACGAGAAGCUCAAGGCCAUGGAUCAGGAGAUCACCGUCAACCCACAGUUUGUGCAGAAGAGUAUGGGAUCACAAGAGGACGAAGUCGGAAGCAAGACGUCAAGUUACUCUUGAGGGUUUUGGUGGCGGGAGCACCAUCAUGGAUUGGGUUCUUGUCAGAAGACAGAGCUCUGUAAAGGAGCGGGGAAAUGUACAGAGCCUGGACACUGCUUGAGAAAACAUACACAUGUGUGAAAGUCAGUUGCUGUUUUCACACACUGUCUUGCGGAUAAAACAAAGUUUGUCAGUGUUUUAUUUAUCAAUGUUCUAAUGGGAUCCCCAUUGCCACA